AUGGCCAUAAUUGAAAGACUCCUUGAAGAUUCUAGUAUUGAUGUUAAUUUAAAGGAUGUCGAGGGAGCCUCAUUACUGCACCGCGCUCCCUACGGGAAGCCGGAAUGUGGUAGUAUUGUGACUAAACUUCUUGAAAAAGGUGCCAAAGUCUUAGUUGCGAAUUCCAAAAAUCAAUCUCCGCUACAACUUGCCUGUCGAGCUGGCGACGUGGAAUCUGUUAGGGCACUUCUCACAUACGGUGCAAACAUCUUGCAUAUGGAUAAUAAAGGACUGAACGCGCUUCAUUACGCCGCUAGAAGUGGGAAUCUGGAGACGUUAUUAUGCGUUCUUGAAGCUUCUGAGAAGGAUAGUCUCAAUAUAGCCAAGUCAAGGGACAAAGCCGGGAGAAAUGCCCUGCACCAUGCGCUCACUGAAUACCCCGACAUGGAACUUGUGGAAUUGCUUGUGAAGAGAGGAGUUAGGGUUGAUGGUAGAGACACCAAGGGGAACUCACCGCUCGCUUUCUACUUUCAGAAUCCACUACCUCUAGUUGAUGGCAGCAUCUGCCAAUGGCUGCUACAGCAAGGAGCCGACCCUUUUGCAAGGAAUGUCCAAGGGCGAACACUUGUCCAUCUGUCUGCUCGUUGCUACAGAAACAUCAUCGUAG